UCUCGCCAUCGUUUCUAUGCCUGAGGUAUUGUUGCAUAUCGCCUCUCCGGACCUGAACGGGACAGUGCUAUGAGGACUCUCCCCAAAAGCAAAACUUGCGAAGUGUACUGCGUCUCCGGGCAUGGACACUCUGCUGCACAGGGAGAGGGGGAGCUGAAGGAGCCCAACCAGUCAUUGAGCCCCCCCACGAAGCCUGAGGAUCAGGCAGAGCAGAGGGUGGAGGGGGGGCGAGCUCUAGCCUGUGGUUCCUGGAGGAGAUGGCUGUCAGGUCUCCUGCCUUUCUUUCCCUUCACUGCCGCCAUUGCACUGACUCUCCACUACUUAGCAUCUCCCCCCUCCUCAGUGUUCUUCCUCGGUGGCAGCGUGGAGUUCCCAAACUUGAGCUUCUCCUCAGAGCUGACUGACUCCACCUCCCCUCAGUUCCGCCUGCAGGCUCAGGCUUUGAACCAUUAUUUCUCAGAUCUGUACGAGUCCUCACCGUGGAGCUCUUACUACCUGCACUCAGGAAUUACUGCCUUCAGUGAAGGAGCGGAAGGGCUCACCGUCUUCUACUGGAGUAAAUUCUCCGCCCCGGACGACGUUGCAAUGGCGAUCCGGAGUUCUAGCCUGGAGAGGCUACAGCGCAGGCUUCCUGGCAGCAACAAGGUUCUGCGGGACAGCCGCAACGAGCAGCGCUAUUACAUGGAGCAGGAUGACAACAUGCUCCACCUGCUGGGUUUGGACCCUGAUGACUUUGAAUCGGAUGACAAAUCAGACAAGAGUAAGAAUCCAAACAGCCUCCAGAGUGGGAAGUGGCAGCUUGGCUUCCAAGCAAUGUCCUUUGACCUCUAUGCCAAAUAUGGCAACAACCGCACCCUGAGCCUCGUGAGUCCCAAGAAGCCGUACUACCAGUGGCGUCUUCGUGUGCCAUCGGGUCAUGUGGUUCGACUAGUCAUCCUCACCCUGCAUGGUGCCACGCCAGGAAGCUGCACCGCCCACAAGCUCUCAGCCUACGACUUUUUACUUCCAUUACAGAACAAGAUCAUUGCCAGGUGGUGUGGGCUGCCUGUUUCGGGUUCAUCCCCUGUCAUGAAGCUGACAUCCUCUGGAAAUGUGAUGUUGGUCACCUUCUCUUUCAGCAGACAGAGGGAUGGAGCAAUCUUCAAAGCGUACUUUCAAGCCAUCCCAAAAGCAGGUUGUGGGGGGUCAAUUUCCUCCUGGAACGGCUCGAUUUCCUCCCCCUACUACCCUUCCUAUUACCCUCCUAAUAUAGACUGCACCUGGACACUACGGGCGCCGUUGCCAGGUUACCUGAUCUCCACGACGAUCGUGACGAUGGACAUUCAGGAAUCCCCGUCAUCGGACAGCUGUGAGAAAGACUGGCUGGACAUCGGAGGGGUCAAACUAUGUAAUCCAGUGUCAGACAGCAGCAAAAAGCGAGUAUAUUCCUCUCCUCUCACCCUCCACUUCCAGUCGGAUGAAUCUCUCACUCACAAGGGCUUCUACUUGCUCUACCGAGCCUUCUCUCCAGAGGGCACCUGUCCUCGCCAGUUUCGCUGUGGAGAUGGACGCUGUAUCCCUCUGAGGAAAGUGUGUGAUGGCGUGAAAGACUGCCUAGAUGGACGGGACGAGGUUAGAUGCUCAUCCUGCAGGCCAGGUGAAGUGCUGUGUGGGAACGGCCAGUGUAGGUCUCAAAGCAGCCAGUGUGUGAGUCAAAGCAACUGUGCAGACAGCAGUGAAGAGGGCAUCUGUGGAGGUAAAUGUUACCACGUGUGUCCCAACAAGGUCUGUUUGCCAAAGUCUUCAGUGUGUGAUGGUGUUAUUGACUGCAAAGACCGCAGUGAUGAACUCAACUGUACCAGAGCAUACCUCAAAGGCUGCUCCUCAUCUUCAUACAAAUGUGCCAAUGGAAAGUGUAUAAGUAAGGUUAACCCUGAGUGUGACGGCGUCAAAGACUGCUUCGACAGCUCUGAUGAAUUGCGCUGUGGCUGUGGCACCAGGCCCAGGAAGCGUACUAAGAUAGUGGGUGGCUCUGAUGCUGGGGCGGGGUCAUGGCCAUGGCAGGUCAGCCUCCAGAUGGAUCGCUACGGUCACGUCUGCGGAGCCACACUGGUCUCCAGCCGCUGGCUCAUCUCUGCAGCUCACUGCUUCCAGGACUCAGACGCCAUUAAAUACUCGGAUGCUCGUGCAUGGCGGGCCCACAUGGGAAUGCAUGUGAUGACUACGGGGAACAACGGAGCAGCCACUAGACCGAUUCGCCGGAUCCUCCUCCACCCGCAGUACGACCAGUUCACCUCUGACUAUGACAUCGCCCUUCUUGAGCUCAGUGCUCCUGUCUUCUUCAACGACGUGGUCCAGCCUGUGUGCAUCCCGGCGCCCUCACACACCUUCACAACAGGCACAAGCUGCUAUGUCACAGGCUGGGGGGUCCUCAUGGAGGACGGUGAACUGGCCUCUCGCUUACAAGAGGCCUCAGUGAAGAUCAUCAACAGGAACACUUGUAACAAGCUGUAUGACGACGCUGUCACUCCCAGGAUGCUGUGCGCUGGGAACCUGCAGGGAGGGGUGGAUGCCUGCCAGGGUGACUCCGGAGGUCCGUUGGUGUGUCUAGAGCGAGGCAGACGGUGGUUCCUGGCGGGGAUUGUGAGCUGGGGCGAGGGCUGUGCAAGGCUGAACCGCCCCGGUGUCUACACACAGGUGGUCAAGUUCACUGACUGGAUCCAUCAGCAGACUAAAGGACAGGUGUGACUGAACACCAGACUGGCAUGAACAAAAUGACACACAGGAUGAAGGUUUCAACCUGGAGUCCAUCUUCAGACUUGUCAUGAUUGCAUGACAACACAUUCAGUCAGUUUUUGGGAGCGUGUCCAUGGCAACGGACAUAUCACCCCUGCUUCAAACGAAUCAUCUUCCUUACAAUCUCCAAAUCCAAAUCCAAACAAAUCACAAAAAUGUCAGCACUUAACCUGCUUACAAAAAUUUACUUGGUUUUGGGUUGCUACACUUAAUGUUAGAUUUUGGGUGGAAUACCUUUUAUAUAUUACAAGAUACCAAUUUAUGAUACAAGACUACGGAAUACUGUAACAUAAAAACACUAUUAGCUUUUAGUUGUGGCUGUCUGCACACAUGCAGACUGAAUGGUGGAUCAGUAUUUACUGAUAUCAGUAAAAAAAAUGUCAGUAAACAAAUAGCCUAUUGGAAUCAAAAUUGUCUUCCUCCGUAUUAGAGAAAACAUACCUAGCACUCAUUUUAUUUGUUUGUAUUUUUCUGAGACAAAUUGGGAUUUAUCAGAAAAUAAUAAUCAGAAAAUUGGGUUGACAAUCUGGUUAUUACAAAUACCAAUUGCUGCGCAAACAUGGCAAGAUUUAUAUUAUUUUUGAAAGACUCCUUUUCAAGAUCUGGAGCUUAUUUCCAUUUUCUCCAUAUUUUUACUCUGUCAUCUAAAGCGUGUUGCCCUUGCAGACAAAAGGACAAAACUUUGGUGAACUGCACAACCUUUAAUUGCAUUAACAUAAAUCCAAAUGAAAAUCUGUUUAAACUGCUAAAAAUCUCUAAAAGACUUCUUACUGUUGCUCCUCGAUAAGAUGGACAGGUCACUACUUUACCCUGUAGAUAUCAGGCUUCAGAACAGAUUUGAGGUUGGCCAAAGUACAACCACUAGCCAGGUUAUCCUGUGCAUGUAAAUGCAGCCAAUUACUUCCUGUUUUCCUAACGGCUCUAGCCUCCCCCUGUUUCCUGUCACAGCUGUGUUGUUCAUUACAGAGAUAGUGACCAUGUCAGGUGUUGCCAACAGAAAACCCAUCAGUCCUUUUAUUAAAUGUGGAAAGAGUUCUCUCCCCCGCAAGUAUGUAACCGUGUCCCAUCUACAUUCAUCCAUGUACUGUAUAUGUGUGUUCAUGACUCAUUGUAUGUGUUUAAGAGUUGCUAUUGUACUGUAUGUGUAUGUAUGUGCAUUUGUAUAUCAUGAGUUUAUCUGGGUCAUAGCCUUUUGUCCAAUAUAUUCUGUAAUUGUAGCGAAGUGAAUAAUCCCUCAGUAGGAGCCGAUAAUAUAUUUUGCAUUUCAGUUUUAUCAUGAUUUAAUUUAUUUUUAUGGUGCCUGCUUUGUACUUCAUGAAAAACAUGACCACAUACUCCCCGUUAAAACCGUGAUACAGUUGAUGCUGGUGUAAGGAGCAAAUAAGAUUACCAGGAGAGAACCAUACCAAUCUUUACUAUGCAGACAACACAUGCAACACCCCAUUUCCUUUUCCUCCCCUCUCAUUCAGCUCACAUCACCACCCAGUGGCCAGUCUGCACCAUUGUGUAGCCUAUUUUAUGUCCUGAGGGAAUGUUUAGCAGCUACACUCAAAGGAUUAAAAAGCAUGCAGUUUGCAUCGUUGUUUAAUGAUAUAAGAUUAUAUGCCUUUAUAUUAAAGACACCAUUUUCAAUGCA